AUGGCAGAGACAGGAUACAUACUGCCAGAACUGGCUCAUAUAUCAGAAGUUCUGAAUCCUGGAAGGAACAAACCAAAUACAUUUGAGCAGUUUCACGAUGGUCCUUUAAAGCAAGAGCGAGAGAUCAAUGUGUACUAUCCAUUUCAGUCUCAGGCAGAAUGGUCUUUAGCCAAGUUUCUCAUGGAGAACCUCACACAAACUCAGAUCAAGAGAUUCCUCACUUUGCCCUGGUCCCAUGAUAAUCCCCAGCCAUCCUUUACUUCAGUAGAAGAAUUGCUUGGGUGGAUGGAUACCCUUCCCUCAGGGCCAAAGUGGCAGAGUACUGUUCUAGAAGUUGAAGGUUACAAAACAACUGAUUCUAUACAGCUGAUUUGGCAUGAUGCAGAGGAGGUUGCAAGGUCCUUGUCUGGAAACCCUAUCUUUGGUGCUGAUAUGAUGUUUGACCCUAUUCUGAUCACCAAUGCUCUUGGAUGGGAGUAUGGUGAAUGGUUCUCAGCAUGUGAAGCCCAUCACAUCCAAGAUUCCCUUCUGGAGGGUGCCACAAUCAUACCCAUUCUUGCCACAUCUGACAAGACUCCUGUGACAAGGAUGACCAGAGGACUAGAAAUGCAUCCCCUCUUAAUCAGUAUCAGCAAUAUUCCAGGGAACAUCCACAUGGCAGCCACCUCACAUUCAUGGCAAUGUGUCAUGCUCAUGCCAAUACCAAAGUUUGAUGUCCCUAAGGGAAUCCAAACAAUCCUGCAAAUGCACAUCUGGCACAAAUGUGUUGAUAUUGUCACCAUGGGCCUGAAACUAACCCAUAAGCAGUUCAGUGACAGUCACUCCCAUUCAUCUUGUACAGUCACUCGGGAGGCAAAGACAAUACAGCUUAGCAACCCCUCCAUCUUCCUUCUGCCCAAAAUCCUUCAUACAUGCCACAAGUUUUUCUUCAACCAUUUACUUGAGGAUGACCUCAAUGUGCGAUUCAAGCACUUUGCAGGUGAACACCACAACAUCCAGUGUACCAUUGUUCCCAUGAUCACUGGUUGUGUACCUCCACAUUUCAUAUACCAGGCACAGAGUCCCAUACACACAGAUCUUUCCAUGAAGGAAAUGGAAUCAUCACUGCAGGAGUUCCAUGCAAAUGCCAGAAAGACAAGAUCAACUGGUACCAAAAAUGACUUCCACAUUCUGAAGUUGGAGCUUUUUCACAGCUUUGCAGCAGCAAUUCGUAAUAAUGACAUCAGUGAAUGCCUUCUUAUCACCCACUGCAAGCAUCCAUUCAAAUGUACUAAUAAGAAUAAAGACUUUGCAGAACAACAGUUUGAUGUAUACUCGUUGAUAUGCUUGAGUAACAUACCCCUCAUCAAUGCUGUUUCCAUGGAAGAGGAAGAAAUCACUGCAACAGAUCCAACAUUCACAUGGGUAGAGCAUGUCCUACCUGAGGAGCAAUGGCAACUCCAUGGUCCCCACCCAGUCCACAAUUACUUUGCUGAUGGCAUUCUUGCCAAUCAUACUCAAACCGCCCUCCAUGUCACAUCACAUUUGGAUGAAACUAAUCUGUCACUGAACAACAUCACUGAACAAUAUCAGCUCCCCUACUCUCAAGACCAUUAUUUAGAAUUUCUUCAAUCACAUUCCCUUGACCUCCAGUUUGACAUUUGUACUUUCAAUCAUAUUGCUGUGUGGCAUAAGCUCCAUGUUCAGCUGCACUCCACAUUCCAUGAUUCUAUGAUUCUUCCGAGUCAAGUUGUUCAGGCAUUGCACCCCUCUCAGGAUUUCCUGUAUGGAUGCUAUGACAUUCUUUCACAUGUUGAAACCCCUCCAUAUCUCAACCAUCCCCUUGUUUAUCUACAGCCCUUCUGUGUCAUUGCCACCCUGCAGCAGCAACCUGAGCUUCAGAUGUGGACCCUGGAAAGGUGCUUCUCCCAUACAGAGGAAGGCAGAGAGAUGCGAGAGGGACUGGUUGUGCCCAUUACUUGGAUCUCACAUGCGCCAGAGCUUGUCCCUGUUUUUGGUUCUGAAAAGGUGCCGCCUAGCAUAUCAUCCACUACAUCACAAGAGCUUUACCACCAUCUUUUCCUCAAUCACUUCACAGACAAAGAGAUAUUCAACACAUUCCACAGGGGGGGGCUCAUUUUGCUAGUAAUUCUGAUGGGGUAG